ACGCCCCCUCAGGCUCAGAAUGACACCAACAAUAGAGCAACAGUAACCUGCCUGCGUGUGACCACUUCACUGCAGUGUGUCCUCGCUGGUGUCCAGGCUGAUCCAGGAUCCUGAAGGUGUCUUCUUCUGAGACAAGCAGAGCGCUGGACAGGUGGUGGGACAUGACGGACAGAAUCUAGAGCGGCACCAGCUCCAUAAAGAUAAAAAUCACCUGAAGAAUGAGCUGCAGCCAACAGGAAAAAGAACCAGACCAAGAAACAGAGUUUGGAGGUCCUUCUUCACAGACAUCAAAGAGGAUCAUCCACUUCUCCAGUGGGGAGACUCUGGAGCUGGAAGACGGUGAGGAUGAGCCGGUAGAGCAGCAGUCGUCCUUAAACGGACCCACAGAGCAGACCAGAUUUACAUUGAAGAAUGCGGCUGUUCUGGCUGGGAGGAUUUCUCUGCUGGCGUGUGACUUCCUCGGAGAGAGGCUCGCUGGAGUUCUGGGACUGAAUGCAGCUAAAUACCAGUAUGCUAUCGAUCAGCACAUCCGCCACCACAAGAUUAAAUAAUCUGGUCCUGAGAGGUUCUGGUCCACCCCAACAUGACAGCAUCAGCUCCAUCCGUGAGGAGAACCUCCUGCUCCACCACAUACCAAAGGUUCUGGACUGGACUGAGACCUGGUGACUGUGGAGGCUGUUGGAGACCAGUGAACUCAUGGUCAUGUUUUAGAAACCAGUUAGAGAUGAUCUGAGCUUUGUGACACGGUGCGUGAUCCUGCUGGACGUAGCAUCAGAUGAUGGGUCCAUAAAGGGAUGGACAUGGCCAGCAGAAACACUCAGGUAGGCUGUGGGGUUAAACCGGACACAUCAGACCAGGAAAGGUGUUUCCAGUCUUGACUGGUCUAGUUCUGGACCAGUCCGGUCCUGUGGGAAUCGUAGCCUCAGGUUUGUGUUAGCUGACAGGAGAGACACCUGCUGUGGUCUUCUGCUGCUGGAGUCCAUCUGGAGCAGCUGGUGAGGUCCUGCCGACCAGAGCUGAUGUUGGGUUUCCAUCGUCUACAACACGGAUCUUUCAAAUCUAAAGUGGUCUCCUGUCUGAUGCUCGGUUUGAACUUCAGCUCUAGAGGUCUAAAUGUUUCACGUUGCUGCUCUCUGAUGACUAAAAGGGUACUGAUACAUAAUAAAACAGCCACCUGGUGUCAUUUUCAAGUUUGAGUAAGUGACUAGUUGUGUUUCCGCUGAAUGCAGUCACAGACAUCAGGAGACCACCACGAGGGGCGGAUUGAGACCGUCUACCUCUCUCCUGGAAAAGAAGUACGUCGAUAUGGAGCUUCUGGAGACACGAGCGGCUCCUCGGAUCCCCGUGAGAGCUGCAGAGAGGG